AAAGAGAGGGAAGGGAAAUACUGUUGUGCAUCUUAGAGAGAGAGAGAUGGAAACGGAGAAAGUAGUAGCAGAAGCUGAGGGGCUUCCGAAGGCUAUUGUGCGCCGGGUGGUGAAGGAUCCUCUUUCCCGCUGCUCCCCUGAAGAUUCUGACAUUAACGUCCACAAAGACGCCCUCCUCGCUUUCUCCGAAAGCGCUCGCAUUUUCAUCCAUUAUCUCUCUGCCACGGCUAAUGACAUAUGCAAGGAAUCAAAGAGGCAAACAAUGAAUGCCGAUGAUGUGUUUAAAGCGCUUGAAGAUAUUGAGUUUCCUGAGUUUGUUGGGCCUCUCAAAGUCUCCCUGAGUGAAUUUAAGCGGAAGAAUGGUGGAAAGAAGGUAGGAUCAUCACAGAACAAAGAGGUGGAAAAGAAGAGGAAAACAGGAAGGCCAUCAAAGAAAAGCGGAGGUAAAAGCACACCAAAGAAAGGGGACACCAGCGAAAAAUGAUGCUCACAUGCCUUCACGCUGUAUAGGCUGUUAAGCAUGAGCGACAUUUCUUAUCCAAUGUUCGCAAUUCUAAUCUUACCAUUCAGACGAAACGGGCACGCACAGCAUCUGCUUCCUGUUAUAGGCCAUAACCUGAAAGCAACCAUGUCACUUGUUCCAGUUACCCUGUUUGUAGCCUUUUUCGUGUCUUUUUUGUAUUAGCUAGAGAACUGGAUCUGCCACUUCCUUUUUAUCUUUUUGAAAAAGAAAAUGGAAUAUCAUGUUACUGCCA